GACACCGACACCUGAGACAUGAAGCCCGCCACAGUUGCCACCCUGCUACUCUGCUUCCUAUUGGUCGCUCUGACCCGCUCCGCCCCCCUAAGCUCCGCCCCCUCCGCGGCGCUGCAAGCGGCGGCAGAACGAGCGAAGACGCUGGUGGAGAAAAUCCUGAGAGACGUUCCUGCAGUGUACGAAGCUGCCGUCACCAUGCAGGGUCUGACCCUCGACCCCCCCUCACAGACCUCAGACCUGCAGAUGAUGGUCUCGUCUCUCGGCAUCCCCCCCGCCCCCGUCCUCAAGCCGCCCUCAGAGACCUUCACCCUGGCCGUCUGUGUGACCCGCAUGUCAGCCGGCUGCCAGCUGUACCAGGGGCUGCUGGGAGAUUUAUCAGAGAGGCUGAGCGGCCUAUCAGAUCUGAGGGCUGACUUGAGAGACCUGCACACACACAUCAACAAGAUGAAGGAGGCGGCUCACCUGGUCGGGGUGGGGGAGGGGCAGAGCGUGGACCUGGCCUCCCGUCUCCAUGGUAACUACGAGGUGCAGGUGGCGGCACACCUGACGCUGACGCAGCUCCGAUCGUUCUGUCACGACCUGGUCCGCAGCCUGAGGGCCGUCGCAGCCUAUCAGCUGCCUGGGAACCGCUAAGCCCCGCCCACUGCCUACAGGCCGACGCUAAGCCCCGCCCACUGCCUACAGGCCGACGCUAAGCCCCGCCCACUGCCUAUAGGCCAACGCUAAGCCCCGCCCACUGCCUAUAGGCCAACGUUAAGCCCCGGCACUGCCUGCAGGCCGCCGGGGAAACUCUAAGCCCCGUCCACCAUCUAGAGGAAACUGAUAAGCCCCGCCCACCAUCUACAGGCAAACACUAAGCCCCGCCCACUGCCUACAGGCCAACACUAAGCCCCGCCCACCAUGCUGCCUUAACGGACACAGUUUCAUCUGUCAUCCUGCAAUGCCUCAUGGGAAAUACUUUACAAUUCUUUUAUGAAUCGACGGUCAGUUUUCCUCUGAAUUAUGAACGGAAUCACACACACACACACACACACACACACACACACACACACACACA